AUGGACCAUUCGACGGGGCUGGCCGGCCCACCGCUCGCCCCGCGACGCCGCUUCGCCCACCACCUCCCCGCUCUCGUCGCAGUUGGCAUCGUCCUCUUUGUCGCGUUCGCAGGUCUCUCCGGCGACGAGCAAUUCAGCGAGUCUGCCAUUGCACGUCAUGACGCAGCGGACGAGGCCUUCCACGUCCAGCCGAGCGGGAGACACGGCGACAGUGACGCGAGUCGGGAUGAGGCGGGGAGGUCGACGACGAGGCAGCUGAGGGUUGGACUGGCAGGAGCAGAGAGUGGAAAGGGACGUCAGUCGAUCCUGCUGUUGGACGAGCCGAACGACGAGCUCGCCUUCGCCGUUCAGCACACUUCGCCACCCGCUCGUCCGCCUCUUCACUUUGCCGGCUCGCACGACAAGGCAGACUCGCGCAGGGCGUUCUGGCACAUGGUCCGAGUCAAGCUGGAUGGCCUGGCGACGUCGGUAGGCGACCUCAUUCUCGGCCUGUUCGGGUUUGACGAGGACGAAUGGUUCGACUUCGAGGGCGAGGGAGGCGCGGACGCUUUCUCGCUCGAGGGCGGCGGUCUUUCGACUUGGAGCGAGAGCUCCAUCUACGUCGAGCGCUCGAACUCUCUGCACCCUUCCCGCCCCUCCUCUUUCGGCCCGCACAUCGUCAACGAACCCUUGCGCGGCCUCCUCUUUCCGAUCGACAUCGCAGCACCGACAGACGACUACGGCUGCACCGCCAAGCCCGUCGCUCCUGCACCUUUCACUCCGUCGAAGCCCUGGAUCGCUCUCGUUCAGCGCGGCCAGUGCCCCUUCUCUGACAAGGUCCGAGUUGCGCAAGACUACGGCGCGAUGGCUGUCGUCUUCGGCGACGAGAGCGAGGCGGAAGGCGGUAUCAGCGGCGGACACGGCUUGCUGACGCCCUGGAGUCCUGACAACACCGACGACAUUGCCAUCCCCUCUGUCUUCGUUUCUCGCGCUUCCUACGUCUCCCUUCUCCGCAUCUGGAACGACGAGCAAGAAAUCGCCAAGGCUGAACCGCCAACGAUGGAGGAAGGUUCGACGCAGACGAAUGUCAUCGUGGGCGACGAUGCUGAUACUGACAAGCCGAAGAAGGAGUACGUCGGCCUCGAGGUCGUGUUGAGCAAGGAGGAGAUGCUCGCUUGGCCUCUCCUCGACCUCCUCUUCAUCCUCCUCUUCCUUCCAUCCCUCCUCACACUCGUCACCGUCUUCAUUCAACGUGUUCGUGCCGCCCGCGCACAAAAGGCGGAGCGUGCGCCAAAGGACGCCGUCGCUCGCUUGCCCGUCUUCCGCUGGGGCGAGAGCGAGAAGCCCUCAUCGCCUGCACCGAAGGCUGGCGCGGAUGCGGCGCGAACGGGAACGGACGAGGAGCGCGAAGUCGGCAUUGCGCAUGUGCCCGUGUCGGCUGCGCCCGAGCCGACCGAGCAGACUUCACUCCUCCAUUCCGACACCGCGUCUGUCACUCGCGCCACUUCCCUCGCACACCGCUUCGCGUCCCGCCUCCCCGCGUCCAUCUCUCGCCGUCUUCCUGCUUCCCUCCGUCCGCCCGCCUCACCAAACCAGCUCAACGUCGGCCCUCCUCCGUUCCGCCGCUACCCCUCCAUCACCGAAUGCCCCUUCUGUCUCUGCGACUUCGAAUCGGGAGACCUCGUCAUGUCCCUUCCCUGCGGCCACCUCUUCCACGCGCAGGAAGUGACGGAGUGGCUCGAGGAGCAAAAGGGUGUCUGUCCGGUCUGUAGGAUGAGCGUCCUUGCGCCUCCGCAGGAACCAGGCGCGGCGGCACUGGUUGCCGAGGGUGAAGCGAGGGCUGCGAACGAAGCAGGCGACGAAGGCGUUCCACUUCUUUCGCCAACCGACGGCGCGAGCGUACUUAUCCAGCCUGCGAGCCGCCCCUCGUCGCACACCAUAUCAGCCGAGCCAUCGACUUCGACUUCGCCCGUCGGCGUCCGCCCGCACCCGCUCUCUCGCAACCACUCUGCCGCCUCGCCCGUCGCGAGCUCGAGCUCCACCAGAAUUGCGCGCGACGAUACCGCCUAG